AUGCACAAAUCAACAAUGAAAGAUUAUCUGGUAACAAAUCGGAACAUUGAAUGGAAAUCUAUUAAAACUAAAAUAAAAAAGGAUCCCGGUAAAUUUUCGCUUAAUGACAUGAAAAAUGUUUGGAAUUCAAAGCAAAGACAACUUGCACGGGAAGCUAGAGCCGAGGUGCAGGAUGAAAUUUAUCUUUAUGAUCCAUCCAACGAAAAUUAUGAAAAUUAUGAUAAAAAUAAUUAUACCACAUUCCUAAACUCGUUCUACAAUUUUAUACAAAAACUUGUGCCAGCAUAUUAA